CUCGUUAAUUAUGGCUUCACACAUUGGCUGAAAUUCACGGCUGUGUGCAUACAGGUGUGCGUGGAUCUUGUUUGCGGGACAGCUUGUUUCCAUUUGGGAUGUGCGCAGUUUUUGCGUAACGGGGAUCAGUGCGUUGCGCGGCGGGGUUCUGCGCCUCCGUGUGCGGCACAGCCGGGCACACCGUGAGUGAACAACGCGGACCAACAAGCUGCUGCUGCUGCUGUGGUCUGGACCACAUUCACGCAGAUGGAUCGGCGCCUCGUUCUCCUUUUGUGAGGGACGCUGGAAGACGCGUUGGAGGAAUGAUCUUUGAGUGCAGGGAUUGAGAGGUGCCUGCAGGUGUGAAAACAAAAGCAGGUGCAUUCAAAGAUUUACACCCCCAUCUCUUUCCUUCAUCAUCCCAGUUAUUUGGUCAAUCAGAUUUGCGUCGGAAGCCCCGGAGAUGCAGACUCUACCUGACAGACGUGAGGCACCACGGCUGCUACCUGCAGAUCUGCUGUGGUUGUAGGGUCCUCCAGCUGCAGUUCUCAUCAACAGCUGCCACUUCAAACACAAGGCGCAGGAGGAGGGAGGCUGCCUCUCCACUGAUCAGAGAGUACCUGCAGACGAUGAAAGCAGCAUGACCUAACUGAGGACCACCAACACCCACUGAUUCCAGCUUUUAUUGUUUCUGUCCGUGGGGGCUGGUGAAGAUGCUCCACAGUGUGAGUUGACUGGCAGGACCGCAGUGGUGUUCUAAGUUUGGGACAUAGCCAGACACCACAAAAAGCCAUGGCACGUCCGGGGUCGGGGUUGCCCAUGAACGGGGUGGGGUACCCCCCGCAGAGCGUGGCCAGGGUGGUGGUCUGGGAGUGGCUGAACGAACACGGGCGCUGGAGGCCGUACAGUGCAGCGGUUUGUCACCACAUAGAGAACGUCCUGAAGGGGGACGCUCGGGGGAGUGUGGUCCUGGGACAAGUUGAUGCUCAGCUUUCUCCUUACAUCAUCGACCUGCAGUCUAUGCACCAGUUUCGACAAGACACAGGUACCAUGAGACCAGUGCAAAGGAACUUCUACGAGCCCUCGUCCGCCCCCGGUAAAGGCGUGGUGUGGGAAUGGGAGAACGACAACGGCUCGUGGACGCUGUACGACAUGGAGAUUUGUGUGACCAUCCAGAAUGCCUAUGAGAAGCAGCACCCCUGGCUGGACCUGACCUCUUUGGGCUUCUGCUACCUCAUUGAUUUCAACAGCAUGUGCCAGACCAACAGACAGAGCCAGCGAAAGCGUCGUUUACGGCGACGCAUGGACCUCGCCUACCCGCUCAUCAUGGGCUCCAUUCCUAAGUCUCAGUCCUGGCCGGUGGGCGCCAGCUCCGGCCAGCCCUGCUCCUGCCAGCAGUGCAUCCUGGUCAACAGCACACGGGCGGCUUCCAACGCUAUUCUGGCCUCUCAGCGGCGGAAGCUCUAUGGGGGAUCAGCAGGCAAUGCUGGUGCUACGGGGACUGUUGUGCGGCAGAGCAACACCUUUGCUGGAACCUCGCUCUGGUCUCCAACAUCCACCUCAUCCACCACCAAAAACAACAACAUAAGCGUGGGGGGCGGGCAGGCGAAAGCUGAACAGGUGCAGUCUCCGCUGUCCCCUGCCAACUUCCCCUGUUCCCCUGUGAUGCCAUCGCUUUCAUCCGGCCACGGCCACCACGCUCUCACCAUCAACGGACAGAACAAUCUGAACAGACCGGGCACGCAGCGCAUUUCCAUGGGGACUGCGCGAGGAACCAUCCCAGCAGGUGUUCCUGCUCUCCCUGUGAAGAACCUAACAGGGUCUGGACCAGUGCAUCCAGCCCUAGCAGGUAUGACAGGUAUCCUGAUGUGCGCUGCAGGUCUGCCAGUUUGCCUGACUCGAGCUCCAAAGCCUAUACUGCACCCACCACCCAUCAACAAGAGCGACAUGAAGCCUGUGCCCGGCAUCAACGGCAUGCGCCGCAAAACGAAGAAAAAGCACCUGAAGAGAGGUAAAAAUCCAGAGGAUGUGGUGAGAAGAUAUGCAGAGAAGAUAAAAGUGGUCCCAGAUGAGGACUGUACCAUCUGCAUGGAGAGGCUGGUCAUGUCAUCAGGAUAUGAAGGAGUCCUGCAGCACAAAGGCAUCAAGCCAGAGCUGGUUGGCAGACUUGGCAAGUGCGGUCACAUGUACCAUCUGCUGUGCCUGCUGGCCAUGUAUAAUAAUGGCAAUAAGGAUGGCAGCCUUCAGUGCCCAACAUGCAAAACCAUUUAUGGAGAGAAGACAGGCACCCAGCCCCCUGGGAAGAUGGAGUACCAUGUUAUCCCUCACUCCCUGCCCGGUCACUCAGACUGCAAGACUAUUCGCAUUGUCUAUGACAUUCCUGCAGGGAUUCAGACCAACGAGCACCCCAACGCAGGGAAGAAGUUUAGCGCCAGAGGCUUCCCACGACACUGCUACCUUCCUGAUAAUGAGAAAGGCAGGAAGGUCCUGAAGUUGCUGAUCAUGGCCUGGGACCGCCGCCUUAUCUUCACCAUCGGCACAUCCAGCACCACAGGGGAGUCGGACACCGUGGUGUGGAACGAGAUUCAUCAUAAGACUGAAUUUGGCUCCAACUUGACCGGCCAUGGCUACCCUGACCCAAACUACUUGGACAAUGUGUUGGCUGAGCUCUCAGCCCAGGGGGUUGGAGAGGACAAUCUGAAGGACUGACAGCCAGAGUUUUGGCCACACAGAAACCCGAUCCACCAAGUCUUUCAGAGAGCAGGGAAUCUGCACAUGCAGAUUCUAGAGUACUUCACAUAAAACCUUUAGUGGGAUCAGAGCAAAAGAAGCAGAUUUUUUGGGAAGUAUGGCAGAAGAUCUUCCCUCGUUAGAUGAUAAACUGUGCUUUGAGCAUGUUUUUUUCUAUGGGAAAGUCAUUUAGGAUAUAAAGAGGUGUUCUUACUGUUGAGAGAAGGUAAAGCCCUGGAAUUUACAUAAAGGAAAAUAACCUGUCAGUUACUUCAAAUGACCAAGGAUCACAUUGCCUAUUUAUCAAUGCUGAAGCCCUGAUGGCAAGACCUCCACCAAUGCUGCACAAUUCAUGUUAAACAAAGAGCAUAUCGGUUCAGUUGUUGCUGGAAAAGACCACUCAAAUGAAUCCAAAUAGUUGAAAAUUGGGUUUUUAUUCCUUUUAGUUUCAUUUUUGGGGCAGCCUGUUGUGAAAUUUUAUGAGGUUCUUGCCUAUGGUGAUACCAUUUUGGAUAUUUUUUAGACCUUUGUAGUCUCUUAUGUAGCAGCUGGGUUCAAUUGUAAAAAAUGGUGUUUGUUCUGAUGCAGCACGUGCAUUCUAGAGAGCUAAGGACUGAAA